UUUCAAAUGUGUUUCUCAGUGAUAGACAACUUGCCAUUUUUUUUCCCCAUGGCAUUUUUAAUGAUCGAUUCAUUGUUUUUCUUGCCUGUCAAUGCAAGUGGAAGUUACAGUUGGUGGUCCUUGGCCUUGGAUACAGGUGUUAUGACAGGGUUGUAGACUUCUUCUGUAACCACAACCACCAUUGAACGUCUGAGUUAUACUUUAUUGUCUCACAUUUCCAGGUGAACGAUUAGAAUAUUGAUGCGCCCCAUUCUGGCACUGAGUAUCCAUUACGCAUGGAGUUUCCAUCGUCUCUUUUAAUCAAUCAAGGGAUCUAUCUUGGACAUUGUUAUCAGACAUUGCUCUUUGACCAUAUUGGUUAGAUAGACCUUGGUGUAUAAAAGACCUGACACAGACAACUGGCAAUAUCAUUCGCACUUGCUGACUUCGUUUUGUACAGACUGUCACAUACGGUCCACUCUCUUUUAAGGCAUGGCAAUGGGUGGAUUGUUGGUGUGCGUCCUCAUGGCAGCGCUAGUGGGGGUUGGUUUGACAUCACCCGUAUCCAAGUCGGAUGGCAACACCAAACAGGGUGGGAUACUGCCACAGCUACUGGCCAGGAGGGAGGCAGUGUGGAAUGCUGCGGAGAACGUCGCUAAGCGGGAGCAAGACACUCAAAUGAGCAUGGCACAGAUGGCGAGGACGGCGCACCUGUCGGAGGACCAGCGCGAGUUCAUGUCCAAGCAAAUCAAGCAGGCCAUCUCAGAGUUGAUGAACGAGUGUCCGGGCCGGGACUACCAAGGAUGGGUCGACUUUGGACGGCGGAGUGCAGAGUAGAGACGUACCAAAGGCCAACUGAGGAACGUCUGCCUGCACUGGCGUUACUCAGGAAUACAUCCCUAUUUGAAAUAGAUUGUAUUUAUUUUUGAAUUUGCUUAUAUUGAUUUUUAUCCAAGUGUCAAAAUAAACAUGUUUGCAGUA